AUGUGUAUUCUUGUCCCGUUGGUUAACGUCCCGUGGUUCGACUUCGUUACAUCACUUGACGCCCCGCAUCGCUUUUAUGCGCUAGAGCACUCGCACUGCCAGCUUGCCUGCAAUUUUCUUCUAGUGUGAAUCGAGCGGUUGGUACCGCCACUCUUCGUGUCUAUGAUGUUUUUGGUGCGUGUAUUGUCUCCCGCGUUGUCAUGGUGUAUUCCACCCGAUUUUUUUAUGUCGGGACCCAUGCCCACUCUGCUUUCGUCGUUCCUAUGGUGUCAUUUGGUACCACUUGCAGCUUAGCGGAUGGGGGGUCACCAGAGACCAACGACGGACGAUUAAUAAAAACACGAUUUCAAAACACCUUUGCCUCCAGGGUAUCACACGCCCUUGUCUUAUCCAGCCUCGCCUCUCUCCGAUCUCGGACAAGCAUCGCUGAUGACGACUGCUUGUCGCAAUGUGUACAUACCGAUGAAUUCGAUUUAUCCUGUGUUCCAUCAGUUUUCGGCCUUGCGACAAUCCGUCUGUUUUUCUUUGUCAUGUCCAACGUCAAUACACGUCUGUCCUGUCUCCCGUCAUUGUUGACGCAAUGCCUAGCUUGAUAACCCGCAUUUCGUUAUGCGCAAGAGCUCUGACCAGCCUACAAGAUGGUUGUUAACUAGCGCACUGUAUCACCGCAAUGAUGUAGCCAUGCUGUCUAUGUCUCACUUCGGUGACCUCAUGUGCCCUGUCGCGUGCCAUAUCUUGUCUGGCCACGGUACGCAACGUUGCCCUGCACAUGCUUGUCUCCCAGGAUCUUCCCUCACUGCUGUGAUUUGUAAAUACACGGAACAUAGUAUAUGUCGCGACU